CUUCCAUAUCCCUCAUGCUUCAUUACUUUUUGUAAAGUGCUUUUUUGACUGAAACCCUCACAGCUCGAUCCAGAGCUUUCAAUUAAGCAAUUUUUCGUAGCAUCAGCUCUUCUAUCAUCUAGUUACUUGUCAAUCUCUGCAUUGACAAUGGAUGAACGGGGACCAGACCAAAUUCGGCUCGCAAGCGAGUCGUCCGUCACGACAGUUGAAAAGGAUAGCCAAGACAGUGGUUUCAUCCGACUAUGGCCAGCAGCUCAUGACAUCUCUUGCACCGAGUUCCACAUCCCAAACAUCCACACCCUCGGUGCUGAUCUGGACGCCGCUGUCCAAGCCGUAUGGCCGACACGCCAUCAAAGCCGCUACACGCGAGUCUGCGCUCUACUUGUCUCCUGGGAAGACGAUGAUUUGGGAGUAUGGCGAGAAGUUGGACCUUUAAGAAGUCUCUUGAAGGAUAAGUACAAUUUUGAUGUCGAAGAAUAUAGGAUACCUAGUGUAAAGACGCCUGAUAAAGCGCUCAAAAGCCGUGUCAUUGACUUCCUUGAUGCGGACGAGGAUGAUACACUGUUUAUCUUCUAUUACGCUGGUCAUGCGAGGAGAGCUCUAGAUGCGAACAAUUCCACUAUGUGGUGUGCGAAUCGGAGGAGUUUUGAAACAGUCAUUGCUUCUGGAGGUAUUCAGUCCAUGUUUGAAGAAGCAGAAGCAGAUGUUCUUCUCCUCUAUGAUUGUUGCUAUUCUGCUGCCGGACCAAUCACUGGCUCCGGUAGAAAACGUCACGUCGUGGAGGCAAUUGCCGCUUGUGGAUAUGAAACCAUAGCCCCUGAAGUCGACAAGCAUUCUUUCACAAAAGCACUCACAGAAAUGCUGGCCAGAAAAUUGGAAGGAGGUUCAUUCUCCGUUGGAGAGCUGCAUUCUCGAGUUCUGUCCAAGCUAAAAUGCUGGACCCCGGAUCUACGCACAGAUGAGUAUGGCAAAUUCCUCGAAACGAGAGACGGCCAUUUUAUCCCUGAACAUCAGCCACGGAGGACUCCUAUCUAUAGUAUUAUCUGCGAAACUGAACCACGGAGGAGUAUCUUGCUUGCUCCAUUGCCGAAACGAGAAUUCUCAUCGACACCGAGUGCUAGCGACGGUCCAGACACGCCUUCGUCCUCUUCUCCGGGCCCCGUGCCGUGGGAUAUUCCUGCUCCGAGUACAAAUCUCACUUCCAAAAAACGCAAGCGAAAUGCAGAGCACAAAGCUCCUACCGCUCAAAUUCUGCUAGCAAUCCGGCUGGAACGGGACGCACUCGAUAUUCCCCAAUGGACCGAAUUACUCCGGAACCUCCCUUCAGAAGCUAUAGAUAUCCGCAUCGAAGGCGUCUACCAGAGUUUCUCAACACUACUCUUACUUCGAAUGCCAGUCGCUGUUUGGGAUCUAUUACCCCAGAAUCCGGCGUAUAGCUUUGUGGGCUUCGUCACUUCGGAUAACCUUUCCCAUCGUGUGAAGCGCACUCCAACUUUGUCUGUCCCGCCGGAGGAAUGUCAUAGCGUGCAUAGUGCAAGUCAGAAGAGCGAGGAUGAGGAUGAGGAUGUGAGGCAUGCGGGUCAAGUGCCUGCUGGAAGACGGACGCCAUGUGAUACUGAGAUCUUGACUGAUGUUGAAGACACGCCCCGAGGUCCAGCAAAGAGGCGUGGUCGUCCGUAUAAUCAAGCUAGCAAUCGAGAUUCUGAAUUGCUUCGAACAAAAAACCCUCCUGUUUCUCCGCCAGUGGACGCAGAGGCGAGUCAGACGUCAACUUCUUCAACUUUAAUCGACAGUGAUCCGAUCGAGUUCUCACAGAUAUCUACCCCGAUCAAGAAGAAUGGAAAACGUUGCGUGGAUUCGCCUCGUAGUCCGUCUUCGGUUGCAUCGUAUGGAUGGGUGCAAGUGUGGUUUUGUUGUCAGUGUGAUCAGACAGACAGUGAUCCAGCAGCGGCGAUUGGUAUGUGGGAGAGCAACUGUGCGAAUUGUGGACAUAGUCGAGAUGGUGGGUGUAAGGUUGAUCAGGUGAAAGUUUAUGAGAGUCGUUGAGGUUGUACUUCGUUGAGUUACAGUGUACGUGCUCUCUGAAUCUCCCAAGAUUUGAGACAUAAAUAGAUUCUCCCGAAAGUAUAUCUAUAUCGAGAGUCUGAUUGGGUAUCACAUGAUAGGAUCUUUGACACAACUCACCUCGAAAUACUUCUUUCACAAUGGCUUUUAGCGCGGGUUUCAGACGAUGAGUCGAGCGGUCUCGAUAAUCAUUCUUAC